ACCGACAAUUCAGCACAUCACUAUGACAAGGCAAUCGUAUCAUCUCUUCCAUAUAUGCACGUGCAGGAUUUGUUUUUAAAAAUUCGAGUAUUUUCGUUUAGCCCAAAUACAGAAAAAUGAAAAGGAAAGCGCACCUAGAAGCCGAGACAGAUUCUGAAUAUUAUUCGGAUGAAAAUUCAGACGACGAGCUUCAGGAAGCAUUUGCUCGUGGUGAUCUGAAACCCGGCUUGAACAUCGAAUUUAAUGCAGAAAAGCAGAAAGUUAAUGAUAUUCCGAAACUGUUGGCAAAAGCGGAUGAAAUUAAACUAGAUUUACCAUGGGUGGAGAAGAUGGAUAUGAUAAACGAUUUGGCUCCACUGGCACCUGAAAUGGUAAUACAAUUAGAGAAACACGAACAGAAACGUGUUAACAUGUUCAAAGGCAAUGCCAAAAUUCCAUACGUACGGCCUGACGAAGAUCCAGUGUUAAAUGAUUUUAAACGUGAAAUGCUCUUCCAUCGACAAGCGCAAGCUGCUGUUAUGGAAGGAAUAAAGCGCUUACAUGAAGCAGGAAUUCCUACACGGAGGCCCGAUGAUUAUUUUGCCGAAAUGGCCAAAUCUGACGAGCAUAUGCAAAAAGUGCGUGCCAAUCUCAUGGCCAAGCAAGAGGGCCAAGCUAAGUCUGAGCGCAUUAAGCAAAUACGCGAACAACGUAAAAUGGGUAAACUACUUGCUAAGCAAACAAAAGUACAGCGGGAAAUGGAAAAGAAAGAUAUGCUGGAUAAACUAAAGAAAUUUCGAAAGGGCAAACUUAAGAACCUUGACUUCCUUGAAGAUGCCAAGACGUUGGAGUCACAAAAGAAAAAAUCGGCAGAUAAACGAAAUCAACGUAAUAAGAGGUUUGGUUUUGGUGGUAAAAAGAAGGGGCUCAAGCGAAACACGAAAUCUUCAGCCGGCGGUUUGGAGAAGGUUAAGAAUUUCCGAAAAGGCAGCAAAGCGGCGAGUAGUGGUAACAAACGUUUAGGAAAGUCUCGCCGAAUGAAAGGCAAAUCAAAGAAGUGAGAUUUACGUUAAAUACUUUUAGUUAAGUGCUUAUAUUUUUAAUAAACUAUAGGUUUAUAGAUUAUAAACAUACAUACA